UACAUAAUACUUCAGUCAAAAUGCAGCAGUCUGUUCCUAAGGCAAGUGGGUCAGGAUUGCCUAAGCUGCGAAAGGAAGAAGAAUGGGCUGCCAAAGAGAUCCAUUUAACGGAUGAUAAACAUAAAGUGUCUGAGCUACCAAAAUCUCCAAACUGCUCUUCAUUGAUUGCAUUGUAUUUGCAAGGGAAUUAUGAGCUGACAGCUAUUCCUGCCCUAUUCUUUCAGCGCAUGGCCCUUCUCCAAGUAUUAGAUUUGUCCCAUACUUGCAUAAAAUCUUUGCCAAAAUCUCUUCCCAAGUUGGUUUCAUUAAAAAAGCUUUUGCUACGAGGUUGUGAACUCUUCAUGGAACUAUCACCUCAGGUUGGGAAACUUAAAAAUCUUGAGGAGCUUGAUCUUGAUGAAACUCAGAUCAUGCAUCUGCCAAGUGAGAUUGGAAAGCUAGUCAGUCAUUUGAGAGUAUCAUUUUAUCAUAUCUGUGGCAAAAAGAAGUCGAAAUCAAACUUUGUGAUUCACCCUGAGAUAAUAUCAAUUCUCUCGCAACUUGCUGAAUUAAGCAUUGAUGUGAAUCCUGCAGAUAAGAGGUGGGAUGAUUCGGUGGAAGCUGUUGUGAAGGAAGUAUGCAACUCAAAAACAUUGAAGACUCUUAGCUUGAACCUGCCUAAAUUCCAACUUUUAGAUUAUUUAUCAUUGAUAUAUCCUUCAUUGUCACACUUUAGUUUUACGGUUGGCCAUCAUAAAAGGAGAAUCAUAUCUCGUGUACCUCAUGAAGUUGAAGCAGAAUUCAGAAAUUGGGAUAAAUGCUUGAAGUUUGUGAAUGGUGGAAACAUCCCAAUCGAAAUAGAAGCAGUACUCAAAUAUUCGUCUUCGUUUCUCUUGGACAACCAUGCAACCGCUAUGAAUCUAUCUGAAUUUGGGAUCGAGAAUAUGAAAAGGCUAAAAUUUUGCUUGUUGGCAGAGUAUAAUAACAUGGAAACCCUUAUUGAUGGAGAAAUGCAUGACGAAAGAAAUGAAGAUGAUCAAUCUGAAUCUGACACUGGUUCUGCAGAACACGUGCUUGAAUCUCUAGAAUAUUUGAGCAUUUAUUACAUGAAGAAUUUAUGGAGUAUUUGGAGAGGACCAAAUUGUUGUGGAUGUAUGUCUAGGUUGAAAUUCCUUGCGCUGCAUACAUGCCCGCAGCUGAGACAUAUUUUCUCUCGUACUUUGAUUGAAAAUUUUGUCAACUUGGAGGAGAUUAUUGUUGAGGACUGCCCCCAAGUCACCAGUCUGGUAAGCCGUGCGUCUGUCAAGCCAAUGAUGUCAAAUAAAUUUCUCCCCAGUUUGAAAAGAUUGCUGCUUCUUUACCUUCCAGGACUGGUCAGCAUUUCUAAUGGUCUAUUAAUAGCACCAAAAUUAGAAAGCAUAGGCUUUUAUAAUUGCCCGAAGCUUAAAAGCUUAUCAAAAAUGGAAUUGUCAAGCAAAACUUUGAAGAUAAUCAAAGGAGAAUGUCAGUGGUGGGAAGAUUUGAAUUGGAAUGAAACAGAGUGGGGAAAUCGGCCAGAUUAUCUGAUGCGUAUCUUUUCCCCUAUCAGUAAUGAGAAAGAUGUUAUGACCCAAUUGAUAGAAGACAGGGAUCUACUUGAAGCUACCAUAGAAAAUGAAGGCCAACAACAAGAUGAUGAAAAGUUGCUCGAAGUUUCAACACAAGAUCAAAAAGGCCAGUGCUCAGAUUAUAAGGAGAGAAUAACGGGGACAGACGUGACAAAGUCUCCUUCGUCAUGCAUACUUCCAUCCAAUCCAUUGACUGGGACAGACGUGACAAACUCUCCUUCGGCAUGCAUACUUCCAUCCAAUUCAUGGAGUGGAACAGACUUGACAAAGACUCCUUCGUCAUGCAUACUUCCAUGCAAUCCUUUGAGGACGUUUGAUGCACCAAAACAAGCAUUGAGCUUUUUUCAUCAGAGAAGAACAAGAGGCUAGAAGAUGGUUACUUUGAUCAGGCUUGAGAAAUUUGUGAAAUAGACGUUGAUGAAGAUGAACCUAAGGCCAAAAGAAGCAACUGUACUGAGAAUGAAAACAAGGGUGUCAUAGGUUCUGUGAGCGAAACCACGAGAGGGCGUAGAGUUGAAGAUCGAACCAGAACCAACAGUGAGGUAUUUGAUGAUUGUUAUGGAUGGAGAAAAUAUGGAAAGAAAUUUAUCGAAAGUCCCCAUCCAAGGAACUACUUCAAAUGUUCGAUAGUGGGUUGUCCAGUGAAAAAAAGGGUGAAGCGAGGCUACCAAGAUACGAGGUUUUUGAUCACCUCCUAUGGAGGGGUACGUAACCGUGGCUGUCAUAACAUG